CAUUUUCUGAACGGAACAGUAAUGAGACGCACCGCAAACACUUCCUAAUAAUACAGCUCGAUCAUUCAUUACAUUUAAAACGAACCAAAACAUUCCACUUUUUCAUGUAGCUUUGGCAUAUGGCUUCAACCAUGAUUCCGUACACUGUCAAUAUUAAAUUGGCUGCAAGAACACUGACCGGAACCGUUAAUUUACAGAACAAGACAGCAGUGGACUGGGGAUGGCAGGGUCUGAUUGCUCAAGGCUGUCACUCUAGUAUCCUCAUCAUUGACCCAAAUACGGCUCAGACCAUUCAGGUCCUGGAGAGACACAAAGCCAAUGUGGUCAAGGUCAAAUGGUCCAGAGAAAACUACCACCACAGUCUCAGCUCACCCUACUCUCUGCGCCUGGCAUCUGCGGAUGCAGCAGGGAAGAUCAUUGUGUGGGAUGUGGUGAGUGGUAAUGCACACUGUGAGAUCCAGGAACACACCAAACCUAUUCAGGAUAUGGACUGGCUGUGGGCUCAGGAUGCUUCACGCGAUCUUCUUCUGGCUGUCCACCCUCCCAACUAUAUUGUUCUGUGGAACGGAGACACUGGGACCAAGCUGUGGAAGAAGAGCUAUGCUGAGAACAUCCUGUCUUUCUCCUUUGACCCCUUUGAGCCCUCCAAUCUGGCAUUGUUGACCAGUGAGGGUAUAGUGUUCAUCACUGAUUUCUCUCACUCUAAACCGCCGGGCAGUGGAGGCAAGAAGGUUUAUAUUGCGAGUCCUCAUUCCAGCCCGGCCCAUAGCAAACCUGCUGCGGCUCAACCCACCGGUGCCAAAAAAGCCCUCAAUAAGGUCAAAGUGCUCAUCACCAAUGAGAAACCCACGGCUGAAGCAGUGACUCUUAAUGACUGUCUCCAACUGUCAUAUCUGCCAUCUAAGAGGAACCACAUGCUGCUGCUGUACCCCAGAGAGAUCCUCAUCCUAGACUUGGAGCUCAGUCAGACCGUUGGAGUGGUCGCCAUCGAGCGCUCCGGUGUGCCUUUUAUACAGGUGAUUCCUUGUGCCCAGAGAGAUGCUCUCUACUGCCUCCAUGAGAAUGGUUGCAUCACGCUGCGUGUGUGUCGCUCCACAACACCUUCUCCUAAUGAAACAGGCAAGACAGGCCUUGUUCCUUCACAACUGUCCUUCAGUCUGGGGUUGGGACAUUCAAUGACUGAUCCAGAGCAGAAUGUACAAGAGUUGGUAUACGAUCUCCGCUCCCAGUGUGACGGCAUCCGUGUGACUAAGACUGUGCGGCCCUACCGAGUGGUGAUCUGUCCUGUCAAUGAGAACAGUGCCGCCCUGGUGGUCAGUGAUGGAAGGGUGAUGCUGUGGGAGCUCAAAGCUCAUCCCAGUAAAUCUUCAUCCAAUCUGAGUUCUGGCUUGCCUCCUUUGUAUUCUCCUGUGAAUUUCUGUGGGACACCUUUACGUCAGAAUCAAAAAUGCAUCCCGGAUCUUUCCCUGAAUACAAUGAUCGGUCACAGUCUGAUUUCUGGAGUGGACUCCCCACGACCCCAGGCAGAUCAACAGGAAGUACAUCUGAAAUUCCUGUUGACAGGGCUGUUGUCUGGCCUGCCCUUGCCUCCCUUCUCCCUCCGGAUGUGUCCUCCACUCACCACCAAGAAUAUCAACCACUACCAGCCCUUACUGGCCGUGGGUACAAGCAAUGGCUCUGUGCUGGUGUACAACUUGACCAGUGGCCUCCUGCACAAAGAGCUGAGUGUCCAUUCCUGUGAGGUCAGAGGAAUCGAAUGGGUUAGUUUGACUAGUUUCCUGUCCUUCGCCACCUCUGUUCCCAAUAACCUUGGACUUGUGAGGAAUGAACUGCAGCAUGUGGACUUGCGCACAGGCCGGUGCUUUGCAUUUCGAGGUGAGCGCGGGAAUGAUGAACCAGCCAUUGAAAUGAUUAAAGUGUCACAUCUGAAGCAGUACCUGGUGGUGGUGUUCAGAGAUAAACCUCUGGAGCUCUGGGAUGUCCGCACAGGAACCUUGCUGCGUGAGAUGGCCAAGAACUUCCCUACUGUCACUGCCCUGGAGUGGUCUCCUUCGCAUAACCUGAAAAGUCUGAAGAAAAAGCAGAUUGCUGCACGCGAGGCCAUGGCCAGACAGACCACCCUCGCUGAUGCAGAGCAGAGCAGUGUGGAGUCCUCUGUUAUCAGUAUGUUGCAGGAUGCUGAGAGUAAGUCUGAAAUGAGUCAGGGCAUAUCGGCUCGAGAACACUUCGUGUUUACUGACACAGACGGCCAGGUCUAUCACAUCACUGUGGAAGGCAACACCGUGAAAGAUGGGGCACGUAUUCCACCUGAUGGCAGUAUGGGGAGUAUUGCCUGUAUUGCAUGGAAAGGAGACACUCUAGUUCUGGGAGAUGUAGAUGGAAACCUCAAUUUUUGGGACCUAAAGGCCCGUCUUUCAAGGGGUGUACCUACACACCGCGGGUGGGUAAAGAAGAUUCGUUUUGCUCCAGGCAAAGGAAACCAAAAACUCUUGGUGAUGUACACAGACGGAGCUGAGGUCUGGGAUACCAAAGAGGUGCAGAUGGUGAGCAGCAUCAGAGUGGGACGGAACGUGAAUUAUAGGAUUCUGGAUAUCGACUGGUGUACGUCAGAUAAAGUGGUGCUGGCAUCAGAUGAUGGCUGCGUGAGAGUGCUGGAGAUGGCCAUGAAGUCUGCCAGUUACAGAAUGGAUGAGCAGGACCUGACAGAUCCAGUAUGGUGUCCCUAUCUCCUGCUGCCACGUGCUGCUCUCACACUGAAGGCCUUUCUGCUGCUGCAGCCGUGGUCUGAUACAUUCACCAUGGACAUCACUCACAUAGACUACAUAGAGAAAGAUGAAAUCAAGGGACUGAUCCAGGAACAGCUCAACUCUCUUUCUAAUGACAUCAAAAGUGUUCUCCAGGAUCCAAAUCUGAAUUUGCUGCAACGCUGCCUCCUUGUGUCUCGGCUGUUUGGUGAUGAAUCAGACCUUCAGUUCUGGACAGUAGCUGCUCAUUACAUCCAGUCCUUUUCCCAGAGCUCCAAGCCCAGCGGAUCUGCCCCAGAAGGCCAAACAGCAGCUGAGGGCCCCCAGAGAACCCCUGGCAGCCACCUGGACAUCUGCCAUGACACCCUGUGUGAAAGCUCCUUCUUCCAGAGGUUUCAGCUGGAGCGAGUUCGUCUACAAGAAGUGAAAAGAUCCAGCUAUGAACACACUAAAAAGUGUGCUGACCAGCUGCUGCUGCUGGGACAAACGGACCGUGCGGUGCAGUUGCUUUUGGAGACCAGUGCAGAUAACUCCAGCUACUACUGCGACUCUCUGAAAGCCUGUCUGGUGACCACCAUCACCUCAUCCGGCCCGUCUCAGAGCACCAUUAAACUGGUGGCCACAAACAUGAUCGCCAAUGGCAAGCUGGCAGAGGGUGUGCAGUUGCUCUGCCUGAUUGACAAAGCGGCAGAUGCUUGUCGUUAUCUGCAGACAUAUGGAGAGUGGAACCGUGCUGCCUGGCUGGCGAAGGUGCGUCUGAAUCCAGCAGAAGGUUCAGAUGUGCUGAAGCGCUGGGCAGAGCAUCUGUGUUCUCCUCAGGUUAAUCUGAAGUCAAAGGCCAUCCUGGUCCUGCUCUCAUUAGGAUGCUUUCAAAAAGUGGGCGAGAUGCUUCACAGCAUGAGAUAUUUCGACCGUGCUGCACUCUUUCUCGAAGCCUGCUUGAAAUAUGGUGUGAUGGAGACAAAUGACGACGUUAAUAAGCUCAUAGGUGCAGCCUUUGUGGACUACGCUAAGCUGCUUCGCUCCAUCGGGCUGAAACAGGGCGCCGUGCUUUGGGCGUCUCGGGCUGGAGAGAGAGGGAAGGAGCUGCUGGAUGAGCUUUCCCAAACAGAGAGUAUGGGGCCAGAGCCCAGUCCCAGCGAGGAGGAGGAGGACAGACCUCUUGUGAACAUAGAAUGACUUGCCAGUGGGGAAAAAGAGGAAAUAUAAAGAAAACCAUAAAAAUCAAGAUUCAUAGUAUCUUUAAAUCUCGUCCUUAUCACACCCACAAGCAUACAAGUAAUCAACAAACACAAACACAUCUUUUCAUGUAGUUUCAAAUGGUUUGUCCGGUUUCAUAGUUGUCUUUUACGCCUCUCCGCUGGUUGUCAGGUGUGUUGUAUCCGAAAAAACAUUCCCGUUAUCCUGCUGUAAUGUAUUCCAAACCUGUUCUUGCACUUAUUUUAUCGACCAAAUAUAUAUUUUCAUAGUGAUUUAAAACAAACCAAAAAAUAAAUAAAUAAUGACAAUAAUUAAUAACACAUUUUAAGAACCUUUAAAAUGGAUUAUGUGUUUGACACUAAAUACGCUUAUAAUUUCAGAUUAGGGAACCAUUUAAAGACAGAAUAUAGAAAAGAACUAGAUGAAUCUCAUGAAACAUCCAAUUUCACUCCAAAAUCCACAGAAAAGCACUAAGCAAUUAUAUUUUUUCAAAAGAUUAUUAUGUUAAAUUAUUGAAAUGGCUGUAACCCUUAAGAUAAUUAUAGGAAUUCAAUCUUUUGAGGUUUAUUGUAUUUCUACACUCAGAAAAAAAGCAGCAGCAGCUUGUCAGUGGAGGAGCUUGUCACCUUCAAGGGACAUCGCUGUAGCUUAUUUACCCCCUGAAAGGUGCAUUUUAGUAUAUAUUACUACUCUAAGGUACUAAAAUGCAUCUUUCAAGGGGUAAAUAAGCUUCAGAGAUGUCCUUUCAAGGGUUCUGCUCCAAGCUGCUGUACCCCUAAAGAUAUAUAUAUUAUAUCUUUCUUUCUUUAAACAAAAUAUAAUUAGGGUGAAUUAUGACAUUCUUUAAAGGUUUUAUGAGCAUCACUGUACGUUACAUAAAUGGUUAUUAUAUGGUUAUUUGAUAGUUAAAUGGUUAAAAUUUAAAUUAAAAAUGAAAAACAACUCAUUCACUCCUCCAUGUGAUAUAAUUCAGAUGCUGUUCCUUCAGUAAUGUUGUAUAUGCCUUUCAUUAGUUGAUUGUGGUUUUUGGCUGUAUUCAUGUAAUAUAAGAUGUGAAUUUGCCCCUUUUUUCCCUCAGCCGUUAACUUAAUUUUGUAGUUGUAUUGCACUUGUUCAUGCAGUUGUUUUGCUGUGUGAUAUACUGUAGACAGUUUAAGUUUGAUGCAGUGUUUUGUCUGUAUGAUGUUUCCACAUAGCUUCAGAUCUCAGAGAGUUGCUGUAUUUGGAUAUUGUCCUGUUGAAAUGAGAUGUGACUACAAACACUUCACAUUUGUGACACCACCUUUGUGUCUGAUAUAAAAAUGAAAGUUUGUUUUCCUUUUUUUUUUUUUUUAAUGACUAAUUCAUGUGUUGAAUUAUGAUUGUUGGAAUGUCCUGCCUUGUUUUGGUAUGAUUGUGAGUAAUUAUUCAUGACUUUAUCAUUUAAAUCUUCCUAUUUAAACAUUUGUAAUUAAUGUUCCAGGUGUUUGAGCUUAUUGUAUGGAUAUACUGCAUGUAUAUAUGCAAAGUAAUAAAUACAGCCUGUACCAUC